UUCACAGCUAACACAAUUACACUUUAUAACAUUAGUACUCAAGCAAAAUCAAAAGCGGAAAUGACUGAAGAAGAACUUCGUCAACUCGAAGAACAUGAAUUUAAUACCGGUCCUUUAUCGGUAUUACAACAAUCAGUAAAGAAUAAUACCCAAAUAUUGAUAAAUUGUAGAAAUAAUCGAAAGUUACUAGCUCGUGUCAAAGCCUUUGACCGGCAUUGUAAUAUGGUGUUAGAGAACGUUAAAGAGGUAGCUGGUAAAGGCAAGAAAGCUAAGCCAGUUAAUAAGGAUAGGUUUAUUAGCAAGAUGUUUUUACGUGGGGACUCUGUUAUUCUCGCCAAAAUUCUUCUUCCUGAUUUGCGCCUUAACCUAGCCAAAAAACCAUUUCUCCGUUUUCUUAUGAGAUUACUUGAAGACCAAAAUGUGUUUAUGGGAAUGGGAUGUUGUGAUUGA